UUGUAAAUAUAUAUUUUUCUAUACAUAUGAAACAAAAUGUAGCCAAUUGGAGAGCGCUCCCUAAAAGGACUGACUGUGACAUGAAAACAACCCAAGCAGAAAAUGACAGUAUUGAAAAUGUAAAAGUUAGUACUAUUUUGCUAUUUAUGUUACAUUUGUACUUUUGAAAUGUAACCAUUUAUAUGUAUCUCUCUCAAAAUCUUCCUCUUCUACAAUAAUAUAUAUGGAGGUUUUGGUGUUACUUGGUCACUGUGUUCUUGGAAUUUUUGUAUACUUUUCCACCAUACUCAUGGUGUCGAGCUCAGUCUCAUCAUUCCCUAACACCUUCCUCUUUGGAACAGCGUCUUCUUCAUAUCAGUACGAAGGAGCAUUUCUGAGUGAUGGUAAAGGCCUCAGUAACUGGGAUUUUUUCACGCAUAAGCCUGGUACUAUCAUUGAUGGAACUACUGGAGACAUCGCUGUUGAUCAGUACCAUCUUUAUGAGGAAGAUCUGAAUCUCAUGAAUCAUGUUGGAGUGAAUAGCUACCGUUUCUCUAUAUCAUGGGCAAGAAUUUUACCCGAAGGAAGAUUUGGACACAUAAAUUGGGCUGGCAUUGACUAUUACAACAAACUCAUUCACGCUCUUCUACAUAGAGGGAUCGAACCCUUUGUGACUUUGACUCACUACGACAUCCCUCAAGAACUUGAAGAAAGAUAUGGAGCUUGGUUAAGUUCAGAAGUACAGGAAGAUUUCAAAUACUACGCAGAUAUAUGUUUUAGAUCAUUUGGGGACAGAGUAAAGUACUGGACAACCUUCAAUGAACCCAAUGUUGCAGUCAUUCGAGGCUACAGGUCAGGGAUGUAUCCACCAUCUCGUUGCUCUGGCUCCUUUGGGAAUUGCAGCUAUGGAGAUUCUGAGAGAGAGCCUUUAACCGCUGCUCAUAAUGUUAUCUUAUCUCAUGCAGCAGCUGUUGAUGUAUACCGAACCAAAUAUCAGAAAAUCCAAGGUGGAAGCAUUGGGAUUGUUAUGAAUGCUUUAUGGUAUGAGCCUUUCAGCAACUCAUCUGAAGACAAGCUAGCUGUUGAGAGAGCCAUAUCUUUCUAUAUGAACUGGUUCUUAGACCCCAUUGUGCAUGGAAAAUACCCUGAAGAGAUGAGAGAAAUUCUGGGAUUGGAUUUGCCUGUGUUUUCAAAACAUGAAGUGGAGAAGCUUAAGAAUGGAGUGGACUUUAUAGGUGUAAACCACUACACUAGUUUCUACAUAAAAGACUGUAAAUAUUCUGAGUGUGAACCAGGACCAGGAAAUUCAAAAAUAGAAGGAUUUGCAUUACGAACUCCUCAAAAGUAUGGUUCUUUUAUUGGAAAAGAAACUGAAGUUGACUGGAUAUAUGUUUAUCCUCAAGGAUUGGAAAAUAUUAUUAUGUACAUAAAAGAAAGGUACAACAACACACCUAUGUUCAUCACAGAAAACGGGUACGGUUACAAGGACAAACCCAAUUCGAAUGUAAAAGAUUUAUUGAGUGAUGUUGAAAGAGUGGAGUACAUGGCGUCCUACUUAAAGGCUUUAGCCUCUACUAUCAGAAAAGGAGCUGAUGUAAGAGGCUACUUUGCAUGGUCUUUGCUUGACAACUUUGAGUGGACAAGUGGAUACACUCUACGUUUUGGACUCUACCAUGUUGAUUUUGGCAAUCUCAUUAGAAGAGCAAGAUUUUCAGCUAUUUGGUACAGAAAGUUCAUUGCUAGUAAAAUGAAGAAAAAUUCCACUGCUCAAGUUUAUUCAAUGUAACAUAUGUAAAAAUGUAACACAUUAGCGAGUUUGGUACAUUUAUGCUGGGAAAAAUCUACCGUAGUUGGAAAAUUGCUGAGUGUUUGGUAAAUUAUAGAUUUUAAAGCGUUGUGAGGUGAAAAAACAA